GGUGAGUGAGAACAUAAGACAGAAAGGCACGGACGGAGAACAAGAGUAGCAAGGGACCAGAGGAGAAGAGAGAGAGAGAGAGACAGAGCAGGACAAUCCAGAGCUCAAAAUGCCUCCCAACUUCGCCGGCACCUGGAAAAUGAAGAGCAGUGAGAAUUUCGACGAACUUCUGAAAGCUCUCGGUGUGAACGCUAUGCUCCGGAAAGUGGCCGGCGCCGCUGCGGCCAAACCUCACGUGGAGAUCCGACAGGACGCAGAGCAGUUCUACAUUAAGACCUCCACCUCGGUACGCACCACUGAAAUCAACUUCCGCAUCGGGGAGGAGUUUGACGAGGAGACGGUGGACGGCAGGAAAUGUAAGAGUUUGGCCACGUGGGAGACAGAGAAUAAAAUCUACUGCAAACAGACGCUGGUGGAUCAAGACGGACCCGUUACAUACUGGAGUAGAGAGCUGCGUGGAGACGAACUGAUCCUGAUCUUUGGAGCGGACGAUGUGGUUUGCACGAGGAUUUACAUGCGAGAAUGAGGCGGAGACGGCGAUCGCGAAAAAACGCAACCAAACAGCCCUGCGCCCCGAGAAACCUUCUGUCUAGAAAAAAAACCCAGAACCCUUCAUUGCAUGUCAGGCCCGUGAACAUGCAUCCGUGCAGUGCAUUGUGGGAUUUUCUUUCUUGUCAUUCUGUUUGUUUCUCUCUCUUUGUCCGUUUCUGACACAGAUGUGUGUAUAGCAAACAAAAAAAAAAAAACGAAUAAAAAUGGAAGCGAACUUC